AUAGUUCCACUCAGUUCGCCCAGGCAGGGCUGCUCGCUCCUUCGGUCUCUCGCUCCCUCCCUCUUUCCCUCCUUCCCUCCGUCGUUCCCCUCGAAAUUUCUUCGCAUGCUGGUCGCUUGAAACCUGCCGACGAUGACGGACUCGAGUUCGGCUCCGGACGCCACCGGCACCCCGGACCCAGCCGUGGUGGACCCGGCUGCUCAGAACGGACAGCCGGACAGGGGGAGUGCCCCAGAGAGUUUCAGCGUGGAGCAGGAGAUGAAGAUAAGCGAGGUGGAGGAUAAAGACCUCCUGGAGAGCAGCCUGCGUCUGAAACCCCACGAGGCACAGAGUUACCGUAAGAAGGCCCUGUGGGUGUCAUGGGUGUCCAUCGUGGUGACGCUGAUCCUGGCCAUAGCCGCGUUCACUGUUUCGGCGAUGAGAAGCAGUGCCUCAGCGUUCGGGUUUGCUUUUGAUGCCACCCUAGACGUGCUGUCCUCCAUCAUCGUGCUGUGGCGCUACAGUAAUGCAGCAGCUGUGCACUCAGCACACAGAGAGUACAUUGCAUGUGUUAUUCUGGGGGUGGUGUUCAUCCUGUCUGCUCUAACCAUUCUGGUGAAAGCCAUCCAUGCCCUCGCCACCAAAGUACUGCCUGAAGUGGAUGAUUUCCUCUACAGUGUGUCGGUGAUCAGCGGUGUGGUGUGUGUGAUUCUGGCCGUGCUGAAGUGCAUGCUGGGGAGAGUCCUGACCAGCAGAGCCCUCAUCACAGACGGUUUUAACUCGCUGGUGGGUGGAGUAAUGGGUUUCUCUAUCCUCAUCAGUGCUGAGGUGUUCAAGCAUAACCCUAAAGUCUGGUACCUGGACGGUGCCAUCGGCGUCUUGAUCGGACUCAUCAUCCUCGCCUACGGCAUCAAGCUGCUGACGGACAUGGUGCCCCGCAUGAGACAGACCAGACACUACGAACGCUUUGAGUAGGACACAGUCGGCACAGCAGAGGGGCGCAGAGAACGGACCCUGUCCGCCCACAUGCACUGUUGUAGAGGCUCUCCCGAAGAAGGAAAACACCCACACAAGCGCGCACACACACACACAAACACACACACAUACAUUACGUAUAUAUAUGUAUAUGUAAAAGUGUGUGUGUGUGUGUGUAUAGUAUCACACAUAAAAACUGCACAGUGCCUCAUAGCAAACUCUACAUGAUCUAUCAUCAACAGCAUCUCUCAGAGAGGAGGAGGACGAAGAAGAAAAAGGUAGAGGAGGCCUAAAGAGAUGAAACAAAAUCAUUCUUUGCGACUCUGUCUAUGGAGUGGGCUGGAGGAUUUGUCUCAGCUGCAGCAACACACCUCCUUAAUGUUAUGGAACUACUGGGUGUGUUUGUAUUUAGCAACUAUUAGUUCAUCCAUCCAUCGUUUGUGAAGCCAACGUUGACACAGUAAAAAUACACCUGCACUCACACGUUCAUCAUGCAUGACUGGAGAAUACCUGGGAGUUCACUGGAGAAAGAGAAGAGAGAGCCCAAGAAAUGGUCACGGAUACAGAUAUGUUUAGCAUCCAUUCAUCUUCAACAGGACCAGCUGUUGAAAAAAGCUUAAUUGCCAUUAGCAAGAAACUCAUCAUGUUUCUUUUCUUGGAUCUGAUUAUUAUGAGUGUAUUUAAAAGAACAAUCCAGCAUUUUUCAACUUAAACUCCAUCUGCAGCAUCUGUAUCGUAUUCUUGAUUACUGUGAAGAAUAAUUUUUAUGCAUUCCUCUUAAAAAUAACAGAAAACGCAAAAUACAGUAGGUUUUACACAGAUUAAUACAAGACUACAAAGGCUUUUCAAUGGCAAAUCACCAUUGACUGUAAAUACAGUCCUGUACUAGGUUUAAUCUGUAUGUCAUGCUUAUCCAGUGUUUCUUCUGAAAGCAAAGGUUUUCAUGUUUAAUUACCUUACUACCCUUGUUAUUAGUUCUGGAUCACAAAAGCCACUCCCACUGGUUCAAAUGGUAUUGGUGGUCCAUUUUUCAAGAGAACAUACAGGGCUGUGGAGAAGGGCUACUACACUGGAGAGCUCAGCUCCAACACAUGGCUCUAAUAUGCAGUUGCCCCUGAAGGCCUUCAUUACCUGGUGUUAGGGUUGGAGCUAAACUCUGCAGAGUGGUAGAUCUCCAGACCCAGGACUGGGAACUCAAUGAUUAAAGGUGUUCGUACAUAAAGCUCUAAAUCUGUAUAAUUUGUUGUUUUAGAGAUGGAACUAGUUUUCCAGAUGAUAGAAUCUAUAGUAAUUCAUCACCAGUGAACUAGUGAGGUGGAGUUUUCACAGGGGAGUGUGUUGAAAUUUGCAGCAGUAGUAAGUGACAGAUAGUGAUUAGGUUGAAAACUGCUGGAAUAUUUCUUUAUCCCACGUGACACACGUGAGAUUUCUACCUCUUUUUUUGCAGACGUGGUGGUUGCCGUCAUGUCGUAAACUACAGUGAUGAUCCUUCAGCACAUACAGUUUAGUUUAAAACCAAACUUCAAGUCAAAUGAAAUUGUGCACAGGAAACGGAGCACACUUACUGAGUACAGUCGGUACACUGUCAGCAGUCUCCUCGUAUUUAAAGCACCACUGCACCGCAACACUUAGAAUAGCACAGCUGUAGUGCAGUAAAGUAGCACAAACAUUACUUAAUCAUGUUCAUAGUACAGUCACACUUCAAUAUUUAUGUACUUGAUGUAAAAAUUUGGAGAAAUAUGUGCCGAUGGACUUUCUAUACAUUUUCAGUUCUGAAGAAAUAUUGUUAUCAAUGUUGUAUUCAUUGUAAACAUUGAGAUUUAAUAUGGAAUAUCAACUUUUUGUGCAGGAAUCGAUUAAUAACUCAUGUACAUACUCACAAUAGUGAAUGUAUCAAUAGUAGGUCGAGAAGUUGGACGUACACAUUAGAGCAGUACUGUUGUGUUAUGUUUAGGGAUAAAUCUGUGAGCAGUUCUUGUUUUCUGUAUCGUCACAUACGUCAUACAAAUGAUCUGAACGAGAGGGUAAACGUACAUAAUAUGUACAGAAAUGUUCAAACACUUCUGAGUCUGUUUUCUGGGCACAUGUUAAAGGUGUGCUCCAUACAAAACCUGUAAUUUAGUAUGUGCUACCUUACUGUGUGGUCAGUUUUGAGGACUUGAGUCAGCAGUUUGAGUCACUGGGCACGCUGUAGGUAGAGGAAACAAGGUUGUGAAUUAACUGCUAAUCAUGUGACCUGAAUUCAAACUUAUGAAAUGGAAACCAGUCUCACCAUCUACUUCAUAAUGUCCACUCUAUAGGUGAACAGUUACAGACUGUAGCUCAUCUGUUGUCAUGCACAGUUUGUCAGCCCUCAAAGUCAUCAUUGGUCACUUUCUGACCAGAAGACCACUGUUGAGUUGAUAUUAGAAUUCUGUUUCCAAAAAAGUUGGGACGCUGUGCAAAAUGUAAAUGAAAACAGAAUACAAUGGUGUGCAAAUGAUUUAAACCCUAUAUUUCAU